AUGGCUUCCAUUCCCACUUUCUCUUCUUCUUCUUCUUCUUCUUCUCUUCUACUCAAACCCAACGCCAACACACUCUUUCCCCAUUCAAACUCCUCACAUUCACACCUCAACAACAACCAAUCACGCACUCUCUCUUUCACUUCUCUCUUUCCAACAAAACUCACCCUUCAACGACCCAUUUCCUCAACUCGUUCAAUUUCCAUCACCAACUGCCGUGCUUCCUCUGCAACGGUUCCGUCUAGCCUCCCUACCGACCCGAAUCCACAAUCUGGUGAACCACAGAAAACCCCAAAUCCAAAGUGGUCGGCGAGAGCUGUAAAAGCAUAUGCAAUGGCAGAAUUGGAAGCAAGGAAGCUUAAGUAUCCUAAAGUAGGGACUGAGGCUCUCCUCAUGGGGAUUUUAGUUGAAGGAACAAGUAAAACUGCAAAAUUCUUGAGAGCUAAUGGAAUUACUUAUUUGAAAGUACGCCGACAAACAUUAGAGCUACUUGGAAAAUCUGACUAUUCCUUCGCCAGCCCUGUAAUUCCUUCUUUGACUGAACCACUUCAGAAAGCCCUCGAUUGGGCAAUUAACGAGAAAUUAAAGUCAGGUGAAGAAGGAGAAACAAACGUGACUCAUUUACUUGGUGGAAUUUGGUCACAAGAAGAAUCGGCAGGUCGAAAGGUCUUGUCUGCUUUGGGUUUCAACGUUGAAAAGGCCGCAGAAAUCGCUAAAACAGCAGUACACACAAAAAAGGUCCAACACGUUUAUUUGCGAUCUCGCUUCAAAAAACUCAAUUUUGACCACACCGGCGAUGAAAACAAUCUUUCUCUAAUGGUAGCGCUCUAA